GCAGGUGGGGGCGUUCUAUCAUAGGAGGCAAAAUACAUGAAAAGUAGGCAUCUUUUCCAUUGAGUGUGGAAGCCGAAAAGAAAAAAAAUAGAGGAACAAUGACUUCUGGAAAGGCUUCUAAGGAGUUGCUCCAAAUGGAUCUGUAUGGGCUGCUGGGAGUGGGGCCGCAUGCAACAGGAAAACAGAUUAAGAAAGCAUACAGACAGAAAGCGCUAACUUGCCAUCCAGACAAGAAUCCAGACAACCCUCGGGCAGCUGAACUGUUUCACCAGCUGUCUCAGGCCUUGGAAGUGUUGACUGAUGGUGCAGCCAAGGUAGCAUAUGACAAUCUCCGGAAAGCUAAAGAGGCUGCUGCAAAAAGAACCCAAAAUCUAGAUGAGAAGAGAAAGAAAGUAAAGCUUGACUUAGAGGCACGUGAGCGGGAGGCACAGACUCGGGUGACAGAAGAAGAUAAAGCACAAGUUGCACGAACAUUAAAACAAGAGAUCAUACGCCUCCUGGAAGAAGAAUCAAGGCAGCUGGAGGAGCAACAGAGGCAGGUACAGGAACAGAUCAAAGCAGAGAUGACACAGAGGCUGCAAGGUCAAAGUGCUAGUGAUGCUGUAGAUGGGACACUGUCUGCUAAACUCAAGCUAAAAUGGAAAUACAAAAAGGAUGAUGAGACAAGAGGCGGCUAUACAGAAGAUGUACUUAGGAUGCUCCUUCAGAAGUAUGGGCAAGUUACACAUUUACUCAUCUCCAGCAAGAAAGGAACUGCCAUAGCAGAGUUUUCAUCAUUUAAAGCUGCCGAAAUGGCAGUGAGAAACGAAUCCGGCCUUUUAAGUAACCCUCUAACACUCUCCUGGUUGGGUACCCCUCCUCCUUCCACUGUCCAGGAGAAUUGCAGUUGGUCAUAUGUCAGUACACAUUCUGUACCCUCCCAGCUUUCUUUGCGACUGCCACUUUGGAUUCUGCACUUCCGUAUUCACUCUUCCGUCUGCGCUACAUUCUUCCACCUGCACUUCAUUAUCAAGUUUGCACAUGCGCAAGAUUUAUACCCCGGGUCUCAGUGUGAUUGGGCAUUGCUGUGGUUACCCAAGCUAACCAAGAAGCUUGCAAAUGUUGGAGAUCAAAUGCACAUGACAGGCUCUACUGCGCAUGUCACUAUCGGCGCUUCAAGCAAGAGGGUUCUGUACAAUCAGAGCGGGAUUUCGAAAGCUUAGUGAUGAUGAAGAUGAGACAAGCUGCUGAGCGUCAGAAGCUCAUGGAGCAAAUGCAAAGAGAAGAUGAGGACUUGAACACUUAACACCCCACCCAUCUGACAGAUUUGGGCUUUUUUUUUUUACUGGUUGCUGAUUUUUUUUCAGCAGUUUCGGUUUGUUCUUGUUCUGUACUAAUAAGCGUCUUUAUAAGACGUGAACCUCUAGGUGGGAUGAUGCAGACUCUUGCCCUUGUAAUCUGGAGAGAAAUAUUGAACAAAAGCAGGUUGGUGAGCCGUUUGCCGCACAAUCAUCCACCAAAACAAAAGACAUUGGUUUUUAUAUGUACACUGGCAAUAACAGAAUUGGUAUAUGAGGUUCUGUACUUGGUUAUUAAAUCUCGUAUACUUAC